UUCAUAACUAUGGGGCCUAUGUCUAUAUAAAAAACCUUUAAAAAAAUUUGGGGAUCAAAGCAAUGCAUGCUUCAAUAGGUUGUACCCAGAUCCGUAAGAGUAAGAUGCUAAAUAUAUGUAAAGAUUGAAGAAAAUGGAGAUAAGUUCUUAUAUUUGUGUAUGUUGCCAUGCGUAUAGACAUCUGUCUUGAUUAGGAAUAAAUUUUAACAUUCAAUAAAAUGAGUAUUAUAUCUACAAAUGUUGAGUCAAUAACUUGACAAUACGUCUCCUUUGAACCAGCCAACCAAGUGCCAACUACUCUUCUUUAAUCCUUACACAUUUACUAAUAACACAAACUCAAAAGAAAAAAGAAGCACCAAAGAACGGUGAGAGUUCAGAAAACCAAUCAAUAGUUGAUCUUGUCUUUGGGAGGCGAUUAGCUUCGCUUGCGGGAGAAGCGGAGGCCACGUUUAGAGAUUGUUCUUGUUUCGGUGGAAAGAAAGGCCAUCUCUCUUGAAGUAUGUGCGCCACAAACGAUAGGAGCCAUGAGACGGUCUACAAACUAGAAACGUAAAGUGGAGUCUCAUGAGAGGACCACCUUUUUCUUAGAAAAAAAAAAGUUCUUGUCUUCUUUGGCCUUUUUAAGUCCCAAAGAUUGCACACUUUAUUAAGAGAACAUCAAUAAAUUCCCAUAAAAGUAUUUUUGUUUAAAUAUAAAUUAAAUAUUGGACACACUUAAUUCUCAUUAUUUACAAGUUCACAUUAAAUUUUUAUAACAUUAAAAAAAAAGAAUUAAUCAAAAACAAAGAAUUAAUCUGCAGUAUUUUCUUUCCAAAUAUAGUAAAGUUCAAAAUAAAUAUUUUCUACUAUUAUAUCUGGGAAAUAAAAUUAUAAAACAACCACCAAAUUUGGGUGUUACAUUUAAUUAUAGGUAGAUUAAAUAUGUUAAACAUCAUGGUUUUCACAUAUCUAAUAAAUUUACAAGGUUAAGAGAUGCACCGAUAAAAUAAAAAUUUGUAAGAGAAUGGUGAUAAAAUAAAUAAAAAAUCUUAAAAUUGUGCAAGUAUCGACUCUGUUUGUUUUCUUUUAGUAAAACUCAGAAGUUGCCAUGCUUCUGCAGCGGUGCCUACCAACUGGUCAUUUCUUUUAUCUUAUAUUCCUGUGAAAAUCGUAAUCACAAUAUCGUCACGCUUCUCUCGUCCUUUUCUAUGUUUCUUGCUUCGUCAUCUCUCUCUCCUUCUCUUCCUCUCAUCUUCACGCCAACACCAGUAACUUCUUUCCUCUUCUCUCUCAGCCAUGACGUCUACGUCUCUGGCACCAUCGGUUCUCGUUUCAAGAUUCUCCUCCUCUCCUCGUGAGUUUCAAGAUUCUGGGAGUUACAAGUGUUUUAGCCGCCGAACUCGUGUUCCUUCACGCCUGCGAUUUCGAGUUCACUGCGAGUCUACGGUUCAGGAGAAGGAGCUAGGACGUUGUUCACCCUUCUUGGAACGCUUAACAGUACCAGGGGGUGAUGCUGCUGCUGCUUUGAGAUCUAAUGAAUGGAAGGCUGUUCCAGAUAUAUGGAGAUCAUCUGCGGAGAAGUACGGCGACAGAGUUGCUGUGGUUGAUCCCUAUCAUGACCCUCCUUCCACUUUCACGUAUAGACAGCUGGAACAAGAAAUAUUGGACUUUGUUGAGGGCUUGCGAGCAGUUGGAGUGAAAGCAGAUGAGAAGAUUGCACUUUUCGCUGAUAACUCCUGUCGCUGGCUUGUUGCUGAUCAAGGGAUAAUGGCGACAGGAGCAGUCAAUGUUGUCAGAGGAUCAAGAUCCUCUGUUGAAGAGUUAUUGCAUAUAUACUGUCAUUCUGAUAGUGUAGGUCUGGUUGUGGACAACCCUGAGUUCUUCAACCGCAUUGCUGAUACAUUUUCUUACAAGGCAUCUCUAAAAUUUGUGAUUCUUCUAUGGGGGGACAAAUCUUCCUUGGCUACAUCAAGUAGGCAGACACCAGUCUAUAGUUACAACGAAAUCAAAAACUUAGGGCAGGAGAGACGUGCAGAACAUGCAGGAUCUAACGAUGCUGGUAAGUAUGAAUAUGAAUUCAUCGGUCCAGAUGAUACAGCCACGAUCAUGUAUACCAGCGGAACUACUGGUAACCCAAAAGGUGUUAUGCUUACACAUCAGAAUCUGUUACACCAGAUAAGAAACCUAUCUGAAUUUGUACCUGCUAAAGCUGGGGAAAGGUUUCUAAGUAUGCUGCCAUCAUGGCAUGCUUAUGAACGGGCUUGUGAAUACUUCAUAUUUACAUGUGGAGUUGAGCAGAAGUAUACUUCUAUAAGGUUCUUAAAGGAUGAUCUCAAGCGGUAUCAACCACACUAUCUUAUCUCAGUUCCUUUAGUGUAUGAGACACUCUACAGCGGGAUUCAAAAGCAAAUUUCAACAAGCUCCCCUGUUCGUAAGUUCUUGGCGCUUUCAUUGAUCAGAAUCAGCCUAGCAUAUACGGAGAUGAGAAGAGUUUAUGAGGGUCUUUGUUUGACAAAGAACCAAAAGCCUCCAGUGUAUAUUGUUGCUUUGGUGGAUUGGUUGUGGGCGAGGGUAGUUGCGUUUGUCCUGUGGCCAUUGCAUAUGUUGGCUGAAAAGCUUGUGCACAAAAAAAUCCGCUCGUCUAUUGGAAUAACAAAGGCUGGUGUUAGUGGAGGUGGUAGUUUACCUAUGCAUAUUGACAAGUUUUUUGAGAGUUUAUUCUUGGUGCAGGCCAUCGGUGUGAAUGUACAAAAUGGAUAUGGUUUGACAGAAACCUCACCGGUUGUCUCUGCGCGAAGGAUUAGCUGUAAUGUUCUUGGCUCAGUCGGGCAUCCUAUUAAAGACACAGAAUUCAAAAUUGUAGAUCAAGAGACUGGUAAUGUUCUUCCACCUGGUUCAAAAGGCAUUGUCAAAGUCAGAGGCCCACCAGUUAUGAGAGGUUACUAUAAGAAUCCAAUGGCCACCAAGCAAGUUAUAGAUGACGAUGGAUGGUUUAAUACUGGAGACAUGGGUUGGAUAGCGCCUCAUCAUUCAACAGGGCGGAGGCGUAGCUGCGGAGGUGUCAUCGUUCUUGAAGGCCGUGCCAAGGACACCAUUGUCCUUUCCACAGGUGAAAAUGUGGAACCAUUGGAGAUUGAAGAAGCAGCCUUGAGAAGCAGUUUGAUUCAACAAAUAGUAGUUAUCGGACAGGAUCAACGCCGCCUUGGAGCUAUUGUUAUCCCAAACAAAGAAGCAGCAGAAGGAGUAGCCAAAAACAAAAUUUCAGCUGUAGAUCCUGAAGUCAACGAACUUAGCAAGGAGACGCUAACGUCUAUGGUCUACGAAGAACUGAGGAAAUGGACAUCAGAAUGUUCAUUCCAAGUUGGUCCAGUUCUCAUCGUGGAAGAGCCCUUCACGAUAGACAACGGUUUCAUGACACCUACAAUGAAGAUAAGACGGGACAAGGUGGUUGAUCGAUAUAAGGAUGAGAUAGCUAGACUCUACAAGUAGACUAGACAUUUUUAGCAUCCUAUUCUUUUCAAGCUUUAGCUGUUGAUAUAAACUUCCGGAAUAGUAAAAGUGACUAAAACCAUCUCAGUUAAUGGUACCAUGUUCAUUAUAUCAUAUAUCUCUAACAUAUCACAUCACAUGUCUCUAAUAUGAUGAUUUCUGUACUAAAUUAGCAAGGACAAUAUUAAUGGCCUCCAUGUUAGGUAGAGAUCUCUCGAGUAAUAAUUGGGUUUCCGCAAAGCAACAAGAAUCUAUUUACUAUGAACGUAACAAACCAAAAUAUAGGCAUUUAUUGCCCUGCUUGUUAUAUGCCACACUCUCUUUACCAAUCCCGACACACUCAGAGACAAAUGAAAACACACUCUAAUAUUUUGGUGACAAUCACGUUGACGAUCAGCCUCGUUUGCCUUGCACGUGCCGACGAACCUCCAUGCAAUAGCUUGUUAGAGACAGAGGAAGUGAUGACGAUGAUGGAGCCAUCAUUGAGCCAAAGGUUCAUGGAGGAGAAGAAACAGAUAUCGUACGGAGCUCUCAAAAAAGACCAGCCGGCUUGUGGGAGAGCUCGCCGUGGCCACUCUUACACCAAAACUUGUCUUCCUCAGCCGAGCAAUCACUACACUAGAGGUUGCUCUAAGAUCUACCGUUGCAGACGUGAUUCUAAAUGAUCUCACAUCACCUCCUCGUUUGUUCGUCCUCACGCAUUGCCAUUUGCCACAUAUAUAUAUACUUCUGAUGUAUGUUAGUUUUGUCGUUUUUCACAUAUAUAUAUAUGUGAGAUCA